AAAAUAUCAAAACAAAGAAAAAGUAAACAUUUGCCUGAAAAACAAAGAAAUUUGAUCAGUUUUUGACGUUCUGAGUGAUAAAAUGGAUCUCUUGCUGGCUGACAAUAUUGGAUACGAUGUGUGGGAAGUCGAGGAUAUUCCAUCAACAGCUGAAUCAAUUGUAAUAUUGGGAAAGACAUAUAAAUAUAAAGACUUGGAUGAAAUCAGAGAUGACGUGCAAUCGAGAUUGUGGUGCACAUACAGAAAAGGAUUCCCACCACUUGGGUCAGUUCAAUACACGUCAGAUAAGGGCUUUGGAUGUAUGAUGAGAUGUGGACAAAUGCUGCUUGCUGAGGCUUUGAUUCAGUCACACAUUGGACGAGACUGGCGAUGGACGUCUGACACAAAAGAUCCAACAUAUUUGCAGAUAGUAAACAAAUUCGAAGACACAAAAACAGCUGUUUAUGGCAUUCAUCAUAUUGCAAUUAUGGGGCAAGAGUCUGGAAAGAAAAUAUCCGAGUGGUACAGUCCUAAUGUGAUAGCUCAAGUGAUAAGAAAACUAGUUCGAUUUGACGAGUUCUCAAACCUUCACGUUCACGUAGCUCUCGAUCAUCAAUUAGCACUAGACGAUAUCAUAGAAGUCACAUCCCCACUCCUCAUAAUCAUCCCACUACGACUUGGAUUGACUGAUAUUAAUCCAAUUUACAUCCCAGAACUUAAAAGAUGCUUUGAAAUUCCUGGAAGUUUAGGAAUCAUCGGUGGUCGACCAAAUCAAGCACUUUACUUCAUCGGGUAUGUUGGAAAUGAGGCAUUGUAUUUAGAUCCACACACAUGCCAGCGAUCAGGGAGCAUUAACAACAAAGAAUCACAAACUGAACUCGAAAUGGACGAGACUUUUCAUCAAAAACAUGCAGGCAGGAUCAAUUUUAGUUCCAUGGAUCCGUCAAUUGCUGUCGCAUUUCUUUGUAAAACCCAAAAAGAAUUCAACGAUUUAAUUUCAAAUUUAAAAAAGCCAAAAGACUCAACAGAAACUCCACUUUUUGAGAUUGUUGAAGAACGAGCGCAGCCAUGGGUAUCAACGUCCAUGUCCAGUAGAGAUCUUGAGCACGAUUUGAGUGUCAUUUGUGGUGAUCAAAGUCAAGAGUUUGAAAAACUUGAUAAAGAGACUGAAGAUGGUGUUGACGACGAAGAUGAUGACGGUUUUGAAAUUAUUGACUAAAAUAUUUACAGAAUUUGAGUUUUCUUUUUUCAUGUCACACAGUGCUUUAAAUAUUGAUAAAUAAAUUCAUGUUACUUAUGCUGCCCAUCCUUGAACCUUUUGUUGUGAGACUAAAAAUAUUGUAGAUUUUGAUGAA